AUGGCCCCAUUCAGUAGCCUCACUAGCCAACUCGAGCCCUCCGGCUCGGCAAAGCGCAAGCGCGACACAAAAUACAAAAGUGAUGACUCCGACAAAGAAAAUGCCACCACUCGUCCCGCGAAGGCGACCAAAACGCAGACUGAGACGGCCAAUUCCGUGACUGCCAAGAAGACCAGCUCUGGAGGUCUCAGCAAAGAAGCUAAGAAACUCUACACCGACAGCCUCAAGGCCCUUGACAAGCGCGUCGACGAAUUAGACAAGAAGGUCAAGACGAUGAGCGGCAACAGCUCGGCGAUCACUACCUCCAACUACGCCAUGUCCGCGCGCAAGCACAUGGCCGCUGUCAAGAAGUUAGUCACUAUGGACACCACGCUGGCCUUCAACUUGCUGCUCAGCAUGGCUGAUGCGUCCCAUACUGACCUCGAUGCUGCAUUGAAGAUGUGCGGCACCCCAUGUGAUAACAGCAAACCGACUUUCAAAAUGUUAGAUGACGCACUUUUGCCGCUUCUUGAGGCGCGGGAGAGACCAACCAGCCUGGCAGCUGGACUGCCAGAAGUCCCGCGGCGAUGGACAAUGAAAGAUGCAGAUGUUGGUGUGUUCAAGACCGGGAGGCCAAACAAGCAGCAACGCGGCCAGAUAUACCGCCAGAAGCUGGCGUGGGAGAAGAAGAGGCGACAGGCCAGAAGGGAACGGAGGGAGCAGAUGGGUGAUUGGGUCAAGGUGGCGUUGAGCGAUUUAGUUGAAGAAAGAGACUACCUUGCUGCGUAUGGGGUAAAGGAAUAUCUGCCGCGGUGCAUUGCAAAGUUGGACGAGCUGGUAAGGAUGAGAGGAGUGUGA